AAGGAAAAACAGCUGGAGUAAGGAAGAAAUAUAAAAAGAGGCGAAAGUGGACGCAAAACCUUCCCCAAAAUAAUUAAUAAUCGCCUCGACUCGACCUUUUCUCUAACUCUCUCUCUCCUUGAAUGGAGGCCCCACCACCACUCCUCUCCGCCGCUCCUCCCGCCCCCGCCGCCGCCUCCACGGUGGCCGUUUACGCGGAUUCUGUCGACUCAUCGCCCCGCUCCCGCCACACCGAUUCCUGGGACACCGAGCCGCCGCCGCCGCAACCGCCGCAGAAGCUCCGCCUCAUGUGCAGCUAUGGCGGCCACAUAGUCCCCCGCCCCCACGACAAGUCCCUGUGCUACAUCGGCGGCGACACCCGCAUCAUCGUCAUCGACCGCCACACCUCCCUCUCCGACCUCCGCCACCGCCUCUCCAAAACCCUCCUCAACAACCAAUUGUUCUCGCUCAAAUACCAGCUCCCAAGCGAGGAUUUGGAUUCCUUAAUCUCGGUCACCACCGAUGAGGAUCUUGAGAACAUGGUGGAGGAGUACGACCGCCUCAAUAAUCCCGGCGGGAUGAAGCCCGGUCGCCUCCGCCUCUUCCUCUUCCCCCAAUCGUCCGCGAAUAUCGAACAGCUCCUCGUCGAGACGGCGUCGACUAAAUCGGACGACUGGUUCUUCAACGCUCUCAACGGCAAGGCCAGCACGCUGUCGGCGGCGGCGAGUGAUCGUGGUUUCUCGGAGUCUUCUUCGGUUAAUUGUCUCCUCGGAUUGGACGAUGAAUCGGUGGGGAAGGCGACGGCCGCCGGAAAAGAUGCGGAGGGUCAAAUUGAGGGGCCGAAAGUUGGGGGAAAUGGAAACAGUGGGACGAAUCAGGAUGUGCACUCCGUGCCCGAUUCUCCAAUGCUGGAAACGACGUCGUCGUUUGGGUCCACUUCGAGCUCCCCAUCGGUGGCCAAUUUGCCGCCGAUUAGGGUUCAUCUUGACGAGAAUCCGAAGAUGGGAGCGUUGGGAAUUGAGGAUCAGUUUCAGCAGAUGACUGUGGGGGUGGCGGCUAAUGUUAAUUUUGCGGUCACUCCAAAGACGGAGGAGGGAGGGGGUUUCAUGGCGGCCGGCGUCGCCGCCGGUGCGGUGGUUGCUGGGGUGCCGAUGGUGGUUGGUGGCGAUCCCCCCAAUCGGGUAAUUUCAGACGAUGAGAGAUCAGAUCCUGGUGGCUACAGGAGGGUACAACAAAUCCAGCCGCAGGUACAAGCACAAAUGCAGCUCCAGCAGCAGCAGCAGCAGCAGAUUUCUCAGGCUCAGUUUCAGCAGAAACAAAGUGGUGGCUUUGAAUUGGCUUCUCCAGAUUCCGUUUCGAGUGAAGGAAGUAUAAAAAAUCCAUUAUCUAGGCAGAGACAACCUGUGUAUCAAGAACAAAUCAUACAAAUUCAAUCUGGAAACAAUAUGGUUGCUGCUAAUCCGGCUGAUCUGAAAUCUGGUGAUCAAAAUGCUAAUAAGAUUCAGAUGCAGCAACAAGUUCAAGAGUCUGGUUAUGUUAUAUCGAACCAAUAUGAUCAGAAUCACCCUCAAAUGCAUCAUCCCCAACAAUUUGUUCAUUCUGGUAACCAGUAUAUACCCGCUGGAGCAAUGCCCUAUGCAUCAUAUUACUCCGUUUAUCCUUCCCAGCAGCAGCAACACCAUCAACACCAGCCCGUGCUCGACCAGCAGCAGUUCUACUUCGUCCCUGCUAGACAGCCCCAAGCUUAUAACAUGCCUGUACAGCAACAAGGUUAUAGCGAAAUGGCGCCAAAUGCCCCUUCCAGUCGCCCUCAGGCGUCUCCUGCUGCUGCAGUCGCCCCUCAUGUAGCUUACAGCCAGCAAGUAAAUGCGCCUUCCUCCAAACCCGAGAUGGCUGCAGGAGUGUACAGAACGGCAGCUGGAGCAGCUCAGCAUAUGGUGCAAGUCCCAUCUAGCCAGCAACAUCAACCUCAAUAUGUGGGGUUCACUCAGAUUCAUCAUCCCUCUCAAAUGAUGGCUCCUUCUUCAGCAUCCAAUGCUGCUUAUACGUAUGAAUUUACUGAUCCGGCACAGACUCAAAUGUAUUAUACUCAGGCUAUGCCACCACAGUUCUCUGCUCAGUACCAGACCAUGACAUCAGCCCCUCAAGGCAUUUCACCUGAUGCUUCGUCUCAGGCUUCCUCGGAGAACAUGAAGCAGCAAGUUAGGACUAUGCAGCAAUGACGAAAGGUAUGUUUGGGCUACUGAUGAAAAAUUUUGCAGCAGUGGGUUUGAGUUGUCUUUGGAGUUUAUAUUACAGUGUCAAGUCUUACUAUUCUUAUUAUUGGUUUGUGGUAUGUAAGUUCAUUAGGUAAUAAGGACCUCGAAUUUUUCUUCUUCUAUUUAUAUUGUGUCUGCCAUUGCUGUUAUGGGUGGUGUCUUAUAUCAUACUGUAAAAGUCGAACAUCAAAAGUUACGUGAUCAACCUAUAUAGCACUUGUUGAAUAAAUAUCAGAAAACGUAUAUGAAACUUUGGACCAAUUCAUAAAUUUA